AUGGUAAUCAAAUAUUUAUUGUUGAUUCUUAUCCAAAGUUUGGUGACAUUUGCACUUCCGUUCACAUCUAGGAAUGAUCCUAAGGCGGAAUACUUGGUAACCUACUUGCCGGGAUUGUACCUGAAUGUUCGUAAGGAACAGAGGCCUUUGAUGUUUUCGGGUCAACUUGAGUUGUAUCCCGAGAAUAAAACACAUUACUUUUUUUGGAAGUAUCAGGAUACAAAAAAAAUACCUGAAGCGGAAAAGAGGACUAUAUUCUGGCUUAAUGGGGGACCAGGGUGCUCUUCUAUGGAUGGAGCUUUAAUGGAAGCGGGUCCGUUUAGAAUCAAUAAAGAAAAGGAGGUUAUAUACAACGAAGGUUCGUGGCACAAAUCUGGAGAUAUAGUGUUUGUCGAUCAACCUGCUGGAACCGGGUUCAGUUAUUCAGACGAAUACGAUCAUGAUUUAGACCAGAUAACUGUAGAGUUUUUGAAGUUUAUGGAAAAGUAUUAUGAAUUAUUCCCAGAAGAUGCAUCGAAUGAAAUUUAUUUUGCAGGUGAGAGUUAUGCUGGUCAAUACAUCCCAUAUAUCGCCGAUGGAAUAUUGCGUCGUAAUAAGAAUUUACCCGAAGGUCAAAAACCAUAUAAUCUCAAGGGAUUAUUGAUCGGGAAUGGAUGGAUUGCGCCAAAUGAGCAGAGUUUGUCUUAUUUACCUUACUCAGUUCAGGCUGGUAUUAUUAAAACAGACAAUGCAAGAUGGAGCCUGAUUUUGAGUCAGCAUCAGAAAUGUCAAGAAAUAGUCAGUAAUAGUGACGGCCCUGAUGGCUCAAACGAGUCAGAAGUUGUUUCUAAUACUUGUGAAAGGGUGUUGAACUUAAUUUUGGACGCUACAAGAGAUCGACUGGCCGCAUAUGACCAACAGUGCAUCAACAUGUAUGAUUAUACCUUAAAGGAUUCCUAUCCUUCUUGUGGUAUGAACUGGCCCCCUGAUUUAGCAAACAUUACACCAUUUUUACGCGAACAGAGCGUUAUGAAUGAUUUGAAUUUGAUUAAUCAUAAAGAAUGGAGCGAAUGCUCAGGUAAGGUUGGCCGAAAUUUCAAAGCAAAAAAUUCAAAGCCUUCUAUCCAUUUAUUUCCUUCGAUUUUAGAAGAAAUACCAGUUGUGUUGUUCAACGGAAACAGAGAUAUAAUUUGUAAUUAUAUUGGUACGGAAGGGUUUAUUAAAAAGUUAACGUGGAAUGGUCAAACUGGAUUUUCGGAAGACCUUGAUGCAAUGGACUGGAUUUAUGACGAGAAGAAAGCUGGCUAUAUUAAAACCGAAAGAAAUUUAACAUUUGUUAAUAUAUUCGAUGCGUCACACAUGGUGCCAUUUGACAAGCCAGAAAUUUCACGGAGUUUGAUCGAUUUGAUUACUGGCAAUUUUGAUGAAAAAGAAGUCGACAACAAGAGUGAUAAGCAGAAGAAGUCAAUAGUUACAUAUCCAUUAGGUGUCCGUAUGGCUAAUCAGAAAGAGGAUUCCAAACCAAAGACAACUCUGACUUCCUCUAAACAAACAAAAACAUCUAGUACAUUAGCAGUAUCUGGAAAAUUUACCGCCACAAGUACCACUUCAGCGACCAGUACCACUCCAGAUCAACACUCGGCAUCACCCAGCGCUGAAGCAGAAGUAGCAGACACUCAAAAAACAUCCAGUCGCAUUACUCGAAUUAUCCAGCUUUUAGUUAUAGUUGUUCUUAUCUGGGGUGUUUAUAUACUUUAUUCAUCUUAUAGAUCGCGCCCUUCGUCGAUAAUUAAGACAGGUCCGUCGGGUAAAAAGAAGAACGUCCAAUGGGCCGAUCAGUUAAGGCAAUUCGAAGAAGAGGAAAUUGAACAGAAUGAGCGAGGAAUUUUAUCUCGAGCUUUUAAUAAGUUGAAAGGUGGUGAUAACCGUGGUGCAUAUGCUCCAACAUCCGGCAAAGUUUAUGAAGAUAUUGAGAUGAGUGGAGGAGUUAAUGAGCAUACGGAUAACGGAGUUGAAAAUUUUAUAAUUGAAAGCGACGAAGAAGAAACAAAUGAAGAGAAUCAGAACAGUAAGCAACUGGCUUCUACAUAG